UCCUCAGCCCAGCCCGGCUCGGCGCUGCGGCUCCCCUCGCCUCCAGCGCUUUCCCCCCCGCCCUGCGCCGGCGAUGCCCGGGUCCCCGCGGGGGCUUCUCGGCCUCUGCGCUGCGCUGGGCCUGGGGCUGCUGGGCCUCGCAGCGGUGGCCCAGGAAGCCUUCUGGGCCGACGUGCAGCCCCGAGUGGCGCUGGUGGAGCGAGGGGGCUCCCUCUGGCUGAACUGCAGCACCAACUGCCCCCGGCCGGAGCGAGGUGGUCUGGAGACUUCACUGCGUCGCAAUGGGACACAGAGGGGGUUGCGCUGGCUGGCGAGGCAGCUGGUGGACAUCAGGGACCCCGAAACCCAGCCCGUCUGCUUUUUCCGCUGCGCCCGGCGCACGCUGCAGGCUCGGGGGCUCAUCCGGACUUAUCAGCGACCAGAGCGCGUGGAACUAUUGCCUCUGCCCGCCUGGCAGCCGGUGGACCAGAACUUCACCCUGAGCUGUCGAGUCCCUGGAGCAGGACCCCGGUCCAGCCUGACCCUCAGCCUCUUUCGGGGCGCCCAGGAGCUGAUCCGUCGCAGCUUCGUCGGGGAGCCACUCCGAGCGAGGGGCGCAGUGCUCACCGCCACGGUACUAGCGAGGAGAGAGGACCAUGGGGCCAACUUCUCCUGCCAGGCUGAGUUGGACCUGAGGCCCCAUGGCCUUGGACUAUUUGAAAAUACCUCUGAGCUCCGGGAACUCAGGACCUUCGCCCUGCCUCCCGACGCCCCGCUCCUCACGGCCCCCCGACUCUUAGAAGUGGGCUCAGAAGGAUUCGUGAGCUGUUCCUUGGAUGGGCUGUUUCCUGCCACGGAGGCUGGGGUGGUCCUGGCACUGGGGGACCAGAAGCUGAGCCCCAGUGUCACCCUCGACGGAGAUGCGCUCCUGGCCACUGCCGCAGCCAUGGCGGGCGUGGAGCAGGAGGGCGCCGGCCAAUUCGUCUGCAGCGUGACCCUGGGGGGCGAGAGCCGGGAGAGCCGGGAGAAUGUCACCGUCUACAGCUUCCCAUCGCCUCGUGUGAUCUUGAGCGAGUCCAGUGCCCCCGAGGGACAGACCGUGACAGUCACCUGUGAGGCCGGUGCCGGAUCCCUGGUGAUACUGGACGGGGUUCCAGCUACCGAGCCCGGGCAGCCCGCCCAGCUCCAGCUCAACGCCACCGAGUUCGACGACGGCCGCAGCUUCUUCUGCGACGCCACCCAAGAAGUGGCGGGGGUGACAUUGCACAAGAACGACAGCGCCGAGCUCCGCGUUCUGUACAGCCCCCGGCUGGAUGACGACGACUGUCCCCAGAGCUGGACGUGGCCGGAGGGCCCGGAGCAGACGCUGCAUUGCGAGGCCCGCGGGAACCCCGCGCCGUCGGUGCACUGUGCGCGCCUGGACGGCGGGGCGGUGCUGGCACUGGGUCUGCUGGGCCCGGUCACCCGGGCGCUGGCGGGCACUUACCGCUGCACUGCCGCCAAUGACCAGGGCGAGGCGGUCAAGGAUGUGACGCUGAAGGUGGAGUAUGCGCCAGCGCUGGACAGUGAAGGCUGCCCUGAACGCCUGACAUGGCUGGAAGGAAGCGAGGAGUUUCUGAGCUGCGAGGCGCAGGGAGUCCCCACACCCAGCGUGAGCUGCGUGCGCCCUGGGGACCACAGGGUCGUCGAGGGGCGGCUGCAGGUGGCCCGGGAGCACGCGGGCACCUACCGCUGCCAAGCCACCAACGCGCGGGGCUCAGCUGCCAAAACCGUGGCGGUCACGGUGGAAUACGGGCCCAGUUUUGAGGAGCUGGGCUGCCCCAGCAAUUGGACGUGGGUAGAAGGUUCUGGAAGGCUGUUUUCGUGCGAGGUGGACGGGAAACCGCAGCCCAGCGUGGAGUGUGUGGGCUCCGGGGGUGCUAGCGAGGGGGCGCUGCUGCCACUGGUACCCCCGGACCCCCUUCCCAGAGCCCCCGCCGUCCCCACCGACCUGACUCCUGGCAUUUACAUCUGCAAUGCCACCAACCCGCAUGGCACAGUGAUCAAGAUGGUGGCCGUGAGCGCGGAGUCGCCGCCGCAGAUGGACGAAGCCACAUGCCCGAGCCAGCAGACGUGGCUGGAGGGGGACGCGGCUGGCGCGCUGGCCUGUGUCGCCCGGGGGCGCCCGUCCCCUCGGGUGCUCUGCUCCAGAGAAGGCGACCCCCGGCCGCAGCGGAUGGUCGUGUCCCGGGAGGACGCGGGCACCUACCGGUGUCUGGCGACCAACAGUCAUGGCACCGCCGCCCGGACAGUUACAGUGGGCGUGGAGUACCGGCCGGUGGUGGCGGAGCUGGCAGCCUCGCCUCCGGGGGGCGUGCGCCCCGGGGGGAACUUCACGUUGACCUGCCGCGCUGAGGCCUGGCCCCCCGCCCAGAUCAGCUGGCGGGCACCCCCGGGGGCCCUGCACUUCGGCCUGUCGGGCAACAACAGCACGCUGAGCGUGGUGGGCGCCCUGGGCAGCCACGGUGGCGAGUACGAAUGCGCGGCCACCAAUGCGCAUGGGCGCCACGCACGGCGCAUCACUGUGCGGGUGGCGGGUCCCUGGCUGUGGGUGGUCGUGGGCAGUGCGGCGGGGGGCGCGGUGCUGCUGGCCGCUGGGGCCGGCCUGGUCUUCUACCUGCAAUCCACCGCCUGCAAGAAGGGCGAGUAUAACGUCCAGGAGGCCGAGAGCUCCGGCGAGGCCGUGUGUCUGAACGGCGCGGGCGGUGGCGGGCCCGGGGGCUCCGAGGCUGGAACCGACGGGGCGGGCCCCUCGGAGGCUGCGGCGGGGGGCGAGGUCUUCGCCAUCCAGCUGACCUCCGCGUGAGCCCGGCUCCCCUCUCCCCGCGGGCCGGGGGACGCUCCCCACUCCCAGGCAGUGGGGGGACUGAGCUGUUCUCCUCUUUAUUUAUUUAUUUAUUUGACUGGGAGGGUGGGGGGGUGGCUCCCCUAUUUUGUAACCCCUGCUCACCAAUAAAGUUUUUUUUUUAAUUUCUUUAUUGGGGGAUUAAUGUUUUACAUUCGACAGUACAUACAAUGGUUUGUACAUGCAUAACAUUACUCGGUUUUCCAUAUAACAAUACAACCCCCACUAGGUCCUCUGUCAUCCUUCUUGGACCUGUUUCUCCCCAUCCCCCCACCCCAGAGUCUUCUACUUUGGUGCAAUACACCAACCCAAUAAAGUUUUUUUUUUUUUAAUUUUUAUAUCUAUUUCCUAUUUAUUUCCUUUUGUUGCCCUUGUUGUUUUAUUGUUGUAGUUAUUAUCAUUGUUAUUGAUGUCGUUGUCGUUGGAUAGGACAGAGAGAAAUGGAGAGAGGAGGGGAAGACAGAGGAGGAGAGAAAGACAGACACCUGCAGACCUGCUUCACCGCCUGUGAAGUGACCACCCUGCAGUUGUGGAGCCGGGGGCUCGAACCGGGAUCCUUACGCUGGUCCUUGUGCUUUGCGCCACCAGCGCUUAACCCACUGCGCUACCGCCCGACUCCCCCCAAUAAAGUUUUUAUAAAGGA